CCCAACCAGCUGCCCUGGACGGCAGCUGGUUGGUCAAACACGAAGUCGUACGCUGUCUUCGGAUUUUGCCGAAAAUACUGCAAUGUAUCUACUGCAAAGCUAAGUUUAUUGUCCGACAUUUCCUGAAGUAAAAAUGACUUCAGCCUCUACUUGUUUUCGUGUAUUUAUUAGAUUUGUUUUUUGUAUGAUUUCUCUUAAACGCACGAGAGAACGCAAAUAAGACUAAGCGUGUAGUUUACGAGGUUACGCAGAGGCAGCAUCGGUUUUGGCAAGAUCUAGCAAAACUUAUUGACAUUUAAGGGGAUUGUAUUUCCGCUAUUUUCGUGUUCAGGGCGGAUUUUUGCGUUGGAACUUCAAAGUAAGAGCAUCACAUUUGUUGCGUUUCUGGUAUGACUGUUUACGUAUAGGACAAGCAGUGCACACAAGUAAAAGAAUCCGAUGUAUGGCUAAUCACUGUAUUUCCUUUCCUCCAAUAGAUGUCUUUCCAGCAACACGGACUAGGACCGGAUGUUAGCAUUUCAUUUUCAAAAGACGACACGGAAUUGAAAAUGUAUUUCUGUAUUUAUAGUAUGACUUUAUACCUCUACAAUUGUAAGGUAUGCGAUACCGAAGAGGCAAAUGCUGAAGAUGUAAAUUAUAUUAUGGAUUUUCACCCGAUUUUCGCUAUGUGGAGGCAAACUAUGACCCCCUCUCCCCAUGAAAGUUAAAAUAUACAGAGCCCCUGAGGGGACGUGGAAAAAAAUUAUGAUGAAAAAGACGAAUUAUUGCGAGAGCUCGCAAAAAAAAAAUGGAACCUAUUCUUCCGGAGCAGCACAUUUUCUGGUCCUCUCGGCAACACUCGGGCACCCGGAAAGUCAGGCCUUCAAAAUAAAAGAGACGUGGCCCAGUGGAAGAUCAGAAUUUCCCUUAUUUAUUUUUCCGGAAAGUUCCCCGUAUUUUGUAAAGCAAAUAUUACCUGGUAUGGGUUAGUGCAGAAAAAACAACGGAAAGGAAAAAAGAUGUCGGGAAAACGUGCCCGCAUCUUGUUUAGCAUAAGAUAACCGUCUCUCCGCCGUCAGUGCCUCAUAGAGAGGUUGUUUCUAUGGUAACAGGCUGGCGGCAGAACCAGUCCUCCUUGGCAUCCCCUCUCCAAGCCACUACACUGCGUCACGCCCUGAGUGGAAUGGAGGACACGGACAAGAAAGCCAAUGGGGAGUACAUCGGCGAGAUAAAGGGCGGUCUGCGGCCUUCCAUGAAGCUGGUGGUGAUGGGAAUCGUUGACAAGAAACCCAAGAGCAUUGAGGUGGUGGUGUCCAGUAAGCCGCAGAGAGACGAAGAUGAGGAGGACGAGUCACAGGACUGUGAGGGCGACGUGGGUCUCCAGUUGAAGGUCAGCUUCACGGACAAGGCCGUCCAGCGCAACGCCCGAUUGGCUGGGAAGUGGGGUCGGGCUGAAAACACCCUCUCCUUCUUCCCUUUCGCGCCAGGAGAGCCCUUUAAGAUGGAGAUCGUUUGCGAGCACCAGCAGUUUCGCAUCCUGGUGGACGGCCAGCCUCUGUGCGGCUUCAGUCAUCGUCUUCCCCAGCUGGACAGCCUCACCGCCUUGCGGGUCUUCGGGGACGUGCGCCUCACAAAAGUGGCCUGAUGGGGGCGCUGCGGUAGGGGAAGAGGGUCAGAAUACGGUCGAUCCAUGAGCUUUGUCGUGUCCCACUUUGUCAUCACGCAAAGUGCCUUCAACGUGCUGACUCAUCGAUAUUGCAUAUUGUUCACAUGCCGCCGCUUUUUCUUUUAAUCAUACGAGCGUCUCCUCCCGGCUUCAUUGUCAUUCCUCUUCCGCUGCUCGUGUAGAAAGGAGAUUAUUCACAUUUAACUUACAUCAAUAUUCAUAUUCAUGUUCAAAUGUGUGGAAAAAAAGACGUGAGAAUAAAAUGUGAUUUUCCUCAUAAUAUUCCCUAUAAAGUGUUACAAUAUUUGGACUUUGUUCUCAUAAAUUGACAUCUUUUUUCUAGUAAUAUUCCCACUUAAUUGUCAUAAAAAGAUCAGUCUCCUGAAAUCAAGAUUUUUUUUCAUAAUCUCAUGCGUUUAUUCACACGAAAGCAGGAAAAAGUAUUUUCAAUUUGUUCUCAUAAAUUCACAACCUUUUUCUGAGUUUUUUUCUUGUAAUAUUCCACCUAAAUCCUCAUAUUUUCAUUUUUUUCCCCCUAAAAUUAGGACUUUUUUUCAUCCUAAUAUUCCAACAUUAACCCUGAAAUAUUCCCACUUUAUUCUCGUAUAACGACAAAGAUUUCCCUCAUAAUAUUCCCUGUAAACGGUCAUGUUUGGACUUUAUUCUCAUAAAAUUGCAUCUUUUUCCAGUAAUAUUCCUGCUUCAUUGUCAUAAAAUGAUCCAUCUCCCAAAAUGAUUUUUUUCUCUCAUAAAUGCUGAGAAUCUCAUGCGUUUAUUCCCAUAAAAACAGGAUUUUCUUACCACAUAAUAUCCUUCCUAAAGUAUUUUCAGUUUCUUCUCAUAAAAUGACCAUUUUAAUGACUUUUUUCUUGUAAUAUUCCAACAUGAAUCUUGAAAUAUUCCCACCUUAUUCUCGUAUAACAACAUAAUAUUCCCUAUCAAGUAUAACAUUUGGACUUUAUUCCCAUUCUCAUUCUAGUAAUAUUCUGACCUAGUUGGCCUAAAUCAGGGGUCACCCAAGGUUUUUUCUUGUGAGAGCUACUUUUAGAAAAUGAAAAUGGCCACGAGCUACUCGUUUUUGUAGAAACAGAUCAAAUAUGCUUGUUUUACCAGAACAUGAACAAAAUGCUGGUGUCCACGACUCACAUCUUAUGUUUCACAAUACUUUUCUUUCUGCUGUUCUUUCAUGAUUAGCUGAAAACCUGAAUGAAAAGCAGGCUUGCGGGCACCUCAUGUGGUCGUGGGGGGCUACCUGGUGCCCACGGGCACCACCUUGGUGACCCCUGGCCUAAAUGAGCCAUCUCCUGAAAUGUUUUUUCUCUCUUAAAUGCUCGUAAUCUCAUGUGUUUAUUCACAUAAAAGCAGGAUUUUAUCAGCACAUAAUAUCCUUCCUAAAUUCCUAUUCUUCUUCUUAUGAGAUUUUGUCUUGCAAUAUUCCAACUAAAUUUGUCUUUGCUUGCUAUUUGUGGCUGUGAAGCAACAAAGAGGCGCCCGAGGCUGCUCUUGCUCUGACUUGUCAAGCCGAGAGCGCAAUGCCAGCGAAAUGUUAGGUUUCAUAUCAAAAACGUUGAAAAAAGGACACAGAAGCACGAUGAAGCAUGUCGCGAUGGAUGUGUCGCGCACCCCAGCGAGGGAGGAUACGCCGCAGCUCCCAAAGUGGCGCCUAUGUGUGCUCCCGGAUGGCGUCAAUCCACUCCAUCUUCUCCUGGUGGCUGGGAGCCUGGAUGAAGUAGUGCCUGUCUGACUGCGUGAUGACCUUGAACAGGUUGCCUUGAAUGUUGCCUUUCACUCCUGCAAGACAAGACGCAUAAACACACACGAUGCAGUCAUCAGCACCAGCAUUAGGAACGCCAGACGCCGGCAUCCAAUAGAAGAGCCCACUUACAGUAGGACUUUUUAUACCUGUAGUAUACUGUCCGCACCCUACACGGCAAGUGAAACGCCUUGUCAUGUUUUCAAUUGGUUGUCAUGAAAUGCUGACUUCUUUUUUUUUGCAAAAUAUUCAAACUUUUGUUGGGUAAUGCUCAGACUUUUUCCCUGCAAUAUUGAAUUUAUUCGCAUGAAAUGACAACUUAAAAAAAGAAAUACUUAAUACUCAAAAAUCUAAUAAAAUCAUUUCUUUUCAUUG